AGACCCAGCAGAACUAGUCUGGAACAGCAUGCUAAUUGCUAAAUGGCAUGAAAUAUAUGCCUUUGUUUAUUUUAUGCUUUGCUUUUGUGAAUGAUUUUUCUAAAUUUAUUCUCAUGUAAAAAUGAUUAACAGGUUGAAAUUUUGUUCAUUAAAAACGAUAUAAACUUUAAAAUCUAACUACGAAUGAAGUUGUUUAUGACAACACUAAAAUGAAAGUUUGCAUUUACUGCAACAGCAAAAAUGAUGGUGAUAUUACAUUUCAUAAAAUUCCUAGUGAUAAAGAACGACGACAAAAAUGGUUGAAUGCAAUAAAACUACCUGAAGAAAGAAUUGAUAAAAAAAGUUAUUUAUGCAGUAAACACUUUGAAGACGAUACUUUUUGUUGUCAAAUUGUAAAUAAGAUGGUUCACAGAUUUUUACACAUAGAUGCCGUACCUAGUAUAUUUACAGAAAAUCACAGCGGUACUGUAAAGAAUGAAAGUGAUUCACCAUUAUUUUCGAUGACGAUGAGUAAUGAAAAAGAAGAUGAGAAAGAGGAAGAUUAUUAUUUCUACAAAAUAGAAAAUGGAAUCAUUAAAAGAUAUUUGCAAAAUAAUUUAAAACCUCCAGAUUUUGUAUCAACAAGCCAAGAAAACAUUUAUGAAUCGACUGAAAAAACUUUAAACAAAAAUAUUAACACUGAGAGUGCAGAAUCAAAGACGAAAUUAUUUAUAAAAGACACUCAAUAUGUACCAUCCAUUAACGAAAGUAAUUAUCAAGCACCACUUCAGGUUCAAGUUUCACCUAAUCGAAUUCGAAAUGAACAAGUUUAUCCAAAAAAUGUCAUUUGUGAUUUAAAAUUUAAUGAAUUUAACAAUCAUGUCGAUUCAAAUAUUACGAUAGAUGCUGAAGAUAUACCGUUUGAUCAAAUUGAGUUUUCCAAUGUAAAUAGAAUGAACGAAGUGGAAUUUACUGAUUGUGAAUCAGAAUCCUUAAAAAUCACUAAUCAAGAGACAACUAGUGAUAUAGAAAAUUUAGAAAUAAAAAUGAAGGAAGACAAAGUCGACGAAUUAUGUAACGGUAAUUUCGUAAACAGUAGUAUAGAAGAAAUAAAUAAGGAGAACGAUAAUAUUGCAACAAUAGAUCACAUUGACAGAAAAAAUUCUGAAAUGCAAGACAAUUACGUAAAAAAUUUACUUCACGAUUACUUGAAAAAAAAUAAGAAUUGCGAAAUGAAUAUCGUUGCUUUGAAAAAUACAGAAUUGACAUUGACUGAACUUUUCAAGAGGAUUUUGAAUCAUGUUGAACUUCUUGAAAGGAAAUUAGAAGAUUCUACUGAGAGAAAUAAACAAUAUGAAAAGCAAAUUGAAGAAUUAAAGAACUUGUUAAAGUAAAGUAAAUUAUUGACAAAGACAAAUUUAAUUUCAUUCAGCAUUUUUUCUUAUAAGUUGUAAAUAUUGAAUAAUAACUAAAGAAUAUUUUUUUAAACUGUACCUAAUGAUAAGUUUAUUUAUUAUAAAAAUAAAAAAAAUUAAUCUUAGCCAUCGCUGAAAAAUGUGCUAGAAAAUUUAUUGAUUAUGUUAAACCAAAUUUCCAUCGACUUAUUUGUUAUUUUUAACAUGUUAAAGUUAUAAUUUAAUUGUUAUUCUCUAAUUUGUACAAUAAAACUGAAGUUUUAUUAUUAAAA